CUCGAGCCUCAUCUGAGAUCCCGCCAGGAGCGACGCAAUGAGAAUUUGUCGAUUGUAUGCGACCAGUUUCGUCCAGCGGAGCUCCCAAGGAGCACCCUUGCCUACCUACCAUUACAUAUGAUGCGACGCGCCCCGUCCAGCCUCUCUUUUCCACCCCUCAGAAGCCCCAGCUUAUCUAGAGCUCGCGCAGGCGUCGUCCCCUCCUCACACUCAAGGCUAGCGGCGUGUCCGCCUGCAUGUCAUUCGUUACAACCAUCCGGAUCGUGGCCACGGUCUGCGAAUGUACGGCGAUUGUAGCAACUACACUUCGGCUAUACUACCGCGCAUCCAGGAGACACCUCGGCCUCGAUGACGCUUGGGCAGCCUUCUCGCUCCUCGCAGUCAUUUUCCUGCUCGCGGGAGCAUGGAUGCGCUCGGACGUGAGCCUGCCGAUCCACAAGCGUGUUAUGGGUUACUUUAUGCUCAACUCCUGCUUUACCUGCGUCCUAUGGUCCGCGCGCAUGAGCAUUCUGUUUUCCGUCAUGCGAAUUAUCCCGCGCUUAAUGAACCUACGACAAUAUUCCUACGUCUGUUCGGUGCUGUUCCUAAUCAUGUGGAUUGUCGUGCUCGCGCAGAAACUGUACAUCUGCGUGCACAAUAAUGCUUGGCAGUCCAAGCCGAAUGUGCAGUGUGUUCUCGGCGAAUCUGUGGGCGGUGUCGAGCUCGCCACCGAUAUCAUUGCGGACUCGAUCCUCGUUGCCCUGCCCAUCCGGCUCCUCUGGGACAUAGGCAUCUCCUCCACCACACGGAAGCUCCUCGUGGCCAUCUUCUCUGCAAGCAUGAUUACGUCCGUUGUCAGCAUCGUCCACACAGCAUUUGAGCUUAGCCCAAAUCGUGAUGCUGAGGCCAUCGCUGCUCACGUCGAGGCCGCUGUAUCCUUGAUCAUCUGUAACCUCGCUGUGCUCGUCACCUGGCUCGUGCGCCUUCUCCGGUACGGCGAGGACCUCGAGUCCGGCGGUUGGUCCGACUACUCGACAAGUACGCCCCGUCGCAGGUCGCAGGUCACAUCGCUCCGUUUCACCGACGCUCCUGCGAUUCUGCUCACCGCGAAUGCCCUGGGUCGCAGCCGUGGGGUUGAUAGAGAGUUCGACGAGGACGUCACGCGCGGCGGGGAGCUCCCCUCACCUGCCAAGCAUAAACGCAACUCAGACCCCUUCCCCUCCGUUUCCGCGGGCAGGCCAGAGGUGUCUACCGUCACAUUCACCCCUGAUACGAAAAUGCAGGAGGACGAGCUGCGUUCGAGCGAAGCGAAUUAGCCUCCGCCCGUGCUACCUCUCCUCUCCGCGCCCGCUCAUCCUUGCUCGGCCCUAUAGGGCAUCGCGCAGCCCAUUGUGCCUUAGUGUAUAUUCUGCUAU